CCUGCUGUCACUCAAAGAUUAACUCUGUGUUCAGGCACAUUUUUUUUCUGUGGUUAGACAUCGUAGCAUCGUUGAGAGAGGUUAUAAUAUUUUGAGGUUCGUGUUCGUGAAACGAGGAGCGUUUGGGACGUAAAACUCAUAAUGGGACGUUACGCAAGGGAACCAGAUAAUGCAUCGAAAUCAUGCAAGGCUCGAGGUUCUAAUCUCAGGGUUCACUUCAAGAAUACCUGUGAAACUGCUAAUGCCAUCCGGAAAAUGCCAUUGAAACGAGCAGUUGCCUACCUGAAGAACGUUAUUGAUCAUAAAGAAUGUGUACCCUUCAGGAGGUUCAAUGGAGGUGUUGGACGUUGUGCUCAAGCCAAACAGUUUGGAACAACACAGGGACGUUGGCCUAAAAAGUCUGCUGAAUUUUUACUCCAGCUGUUGAGAAAUGCCGAGAGUAAUGCUGACUACAGUGGUCUUGACGUAGAUAGACUAGUUGUGAACCAUAUACAGGUUAAUAGGGCUCCUUAUUUGAGAAGAAGAACAUAUCGUGCCCAUGGUAGGAUUAACCCAUACAUGUCAAGCCCCUGCCACAUUGAACUUUGGUUGACAGAAGUAGAAGACAAACCAGAAGCACCAAAGAAACCUGUGAAAAAAGGAACCGUUGAAAGGAAAGUCUAGUUACCUAGAUUUUUGUUAUGAAAUUAAUAUUAAUCCAUUUCUGGAUUUUUUCUAACUAUUUCAUGUACAUCUGAAAUAUUUAUUGAAUAAUAUUUGUGUAAAGAAA